GCCAGGCGUUCUUUUGAGCUACGAUGUGUGAAACUUCAAGAAAUCAACUACGGAGGUGACAAUACAAGACUGACUCAUCUAUCGUUUCCUACUCGUACUUUUGGACAUACCUUGGGAAUGUCUUCUCACAAUCCCCCUCCGUGGCUCUCCGAUCGUCGACGACCUCCCUCAAAUCUCCCUUCGAAACGACCUGCCGACUCGCGCGCACAGGAAAGACCUUCGAAGCGCUCUGCGCCGUCCACCACUGCGCAAGAAGAAGCUUGGGUGGCGGACGAAGAUCGAUUUGUUCUCCAGCAGGCGAAGAAAAAGGCAGCAUUGCGCGUAAAAGGAAAUAGAGCGAAACCCAUCGAUUGGUUGACGGUCACGCUGCGCUUCGUUGACCCUACAAAGACCAUACUGGACGAGGAGGUUGAGGAUCAUGAAUUGGAUAUUGUGGACUCUGAAGGUGUAAUCGAGAGCUUGGACGAGGAAGAACUAGCAGAGUUGGAAAAGGACAUCGACACAUAUCUCGCGCUUGAGACUAAUCGAAGCAAUCGAGAUUAUUGGAAUGCACAAAAGACUAUCUGCAAGGAUAAGAGACGUCGCAAUCGGUCAUCCAGGAGUGAAGCCCGUGGAACAAGCUCCAUCACGUCCGAUAUCGACCGGUUGCUUUCACCGAAGUCAUUCGAAGAGCUGGAGACCCUUGAAGUACAAGUCAAGAAAAAGCUGGACUCAGAUGAGCCGAUCGACUAUGAUUAUUGGGAGCAGCUACUGCGCAAUCUGCGCGUGUGGAAGGCAAAAGCGAAGCUGAAGAAGGUGUCGCAACAAAUCAUCAACGAACGUCUCGAGGCUUUGCGGCGACAACAAGAGAAGGCAUCAGUGGCUGCGCAGGAACACUUUCGGGGAACAUUCAUGGAAACAUUCGAGACAGAGGAGGAUGGAUCCUAUCCUAUGGUUUACGAUUCCACUCUAGAUCCCGAACCUAUGCUCAAACUCCGACCGGAGGACAAAAGCCUCGAGGCGAUUGAUGAUAAGAUCUUUUCGGAGAACCUUGUCGAUGAGCGUCGCAAAAUCCUCAAACUUGGAUACGUGCCGAUGCGAAACAAAUCACAGGAUGCUAAGACUCCACAUACCCAGUCUAAGGCAACCCAGAGAGGCGUGGAUGGCUUGUUGCGUUUUGCGCCGGUCGACACAGAAGAUCACUCAAAGGCGACAACAGCCCUGUACGAGCGAGAGGUUGCUCGUGGAGUUGAAGACGGCGAGGAAGUCUUCACUGGCGAAGAGGAACUCAACAAUACGAAGCCUCAAUGGUCAGGUAGCUAUGCACCAAGGAAACCACGUUACUUCAAUCGUGUGCAGAUGGGCUACGAAUGGAACAAGUACAAUCAGACGCAUUACGACCAUGAUAAUCCACCUCCAAAGGUCGUCCAGGGUUACAAGUUCAACAUUUUUUACCCGGAUCUCAUCGAUAAAUCGAAAGCCCCAACUUACAAAAUUGUGCGGGAGAAUGGCAGGAAGCGCGGUCAAUCAUUUGCCGCUGCUGGCGAGGAUGAUACAUGCUUGAUACGAUUCAUUGCAGGGCCACCAUAUGAGGACAUUGCCUUCAGAAUCGUGGAUAAGGAAUGGGACUAUAGUGCGAAGCGGGAGAGAGGCUUCAAGAGUAGCUUUGACAAGGUAAGUGCCUCCAUCGCCUAUUCAGAGGUGCAACAGUCGCAUGUGUCUUGGGUGCUUGUGACACAGUGGAACUUCCUACUCACAUGUCCAGGGCAUUUUGCAACUCCAUUUCCAGUUCAAAAAGAUAUAUUACCGUAAGUAGGUCACUACCGAGUGAGCCUAGGAAGUGGCUGGUCUCGCCAUUCCUAGAAGUAGGCAUCGUAGCACACUGCUACACCCGCCUAGCCCUCGGCGAAUGAUUCACCGCUACGGCAAUUGCCCACAGCUAUCGCGCUAUCGAUAAGUCAAUGAUCGCUGUGAUGAUCAUGCAGGACGGUUGGAUGCAUAUGGCUUAGGCAACGCCAAGAGAUGGGAUCACAAUGCCCGUUUGACAUGAGCCGCUGCUCACCAUGAGAGGGCCGCCAAUAGCUUCGACUUACUUUCUUGGAUCACGAAGUGCAUUGGAAUCAUGAGCUCCUACCGCUUGGUUCGCUCGCGAAGCACAGGAACAGGCUCGAUGACACUCUGGUGAUGAUUCGGUCAUAUCUGCUAUUCAGCAGCCUUCUGUGGAACUUUGAAGACCUGAAU